AUGAGGGGGUGCACCCCACUUCAAUUGGGCGCUUCCCACGUGCUGAGUCCCCUCCCCCUCCUCGGCCCGGGAGAUGCAGGAGGGCUUCCUGGAGGCGGCGGGCUGGGAAGCCCAGAGCUGGCUUCCCGCAGGGGUCGUAUGGACCGCCCGCGUUGUCACAGAGGCACGGGGCCGCGGUUCCCGGCACGUACCUCUCUAAGGCCACGCCCCGAGGCCGCUCAGGCUCCGCCUCCAACGUGCGCUCCCGGCCUGGCGCAGGCGCACCGCAAGCCGGCGUUCCAACGCGAUCGGUCUUUGAGGGGAGACGGGACAGUGCGCAGGCGUACUAGGAGCUGCUGCUCCACAGUCCCGCCCUCUAAGACUCCGAGAGAACUUGCACGGUGCGCCGGCGCAUUGGAAACCGCCCCGAGGAAAGGCCAUUCAGAGGCAGAGGGUGGAGAGGCGGCGCAGCACGCAGGCGCAUUGGGAGCUUCCGAAGGCCAAGCGGAAGCGGGCCUCAAAGUAGGAGGUUCCCAAAAGAUACGUAAGAAAGCAGAGCGGCGCGCGCAGGCGCAUCGGGAGCCCCCGCGGGGCAGGCACAGUGAGGCCGGUGGCACAAUUAUGUCUGGGCCACACGUGUCCCGCGUCCGGGCUCUGUACCGGCGGCUCCUGGUGCUGCACCGCGCGCUGCCGCCCGACCUGCGCGCCCUCGGCGAUCAGUACGUGAAGGACGAGUUCCGGCGACACAAAGGCGUUGGCCGCGAGGAGGCGCUGCGCUUCCUGCGCGAGUGGGAGAGGUAUGCAGCAGCACUAUGGCAGCAGACAAAUGCGGUGGAGAAAAUGCAGCUGGGAGCCCGCCUCACAAAAGAGCAGCUCGAUGACUUCAGCGAGGAGCAGAUCGGCCAGCUGCAGGAGCUGAUGCAGGAAGCCACCAAACCCAACCGGCAGUUCAGUGUCAGGGACCCGGCCAUGCCCAAGGCCUAGCCUGCCCCACCUGCUGUUGCAAGGGGCGUUCUGGGACCCAGUUGUGGGCAAAGGAGUGAAAUGACAAAAUCUGUGCACAAUAAAAGUUAAGAGCAAUUGAAGGUACACCGUUUGCUGGGACUCUUGUGAAUGGUGUUGAUGAGGACUGGCCAGAGGCAUCCUCCCUUGAGAUGGCUGCUUGCAGGGGCAUGCAGUUAGUGGUUUGGAAAAGUUUUACUCUUAAAAUAUCGAUCUCUUGGCAUCCAGACCUCCCCUGGUCCAGAGCAGCCGCCCAGUGUCAUGUCUGAAGCCUGUAGAAGAUGGGGUCGUUAGCACUCGCCUUUGAGGAUCUGCAGUCAGAGCUGUAACCUGGCCGUUUUGUAAAGUUCCAAAAGGUUUCUCUGUUCACCCCCAAUGCAGUGUGGUCUGUUACCACGUAAGCAGUGUGAGCUCUUAUCUUUUAUCUUUCCCGUGGCUCUUCUCUCUGCGUCCUUGUUUCUGUAGAGUUGAGGUGACCAGAGGCUUAAAGGGUCAGAAUCAACCUAUCAUCGAUGCUUUGCUGUGCCAAACAAAAGGUUUCCAAAUGACUUGCUAACAAAAAUGCUGCCUGUUAAAUAUUUGUGCCUGCCGCAAGUUAUCUCAUUACUCAGGCUUUGGGGAGAGCUGAACCUGGCUGCUGGUGCCUCUUGCAUUUAGACUUUCAACCUGUGUGAAAAUAGCCUCUUUAAAACAUGCUUUGUAAACCCUAAAGAACAUUUUGAUUGUGAGAUAUCAUUCUUAGGGUCUGCUGCUUUUAGUGGGAGUGUAGCCCGGUGGAGUGUUGUUGCCGCCUGCGGGCUUCAGGUCCUCUGCAGAAAGAGGGCACCCCCGUGCCAUAUGGGACUGUGCUCCUGUGGACCGUCAGCCCCCUUCACGCUGCCUCGCAGCACGCGUCCCUUCGUGCCCUUUGUGGUCAGGUGCCAAGAAAGGCAGGAUGUCACGGAAGUAAAAAUGAAUGCUGUGAAAUUAUAAUGACUAAGCUUGGCUCCAAAGAAGUGAUUUGAGACUCGUAUACUCUCUCUCAUACACUGCCACAGUGGAAAUCUGUGAUAAAGAGAAACUGAGGUAAAAAGUUUCGCACACAAUCAAUGUAUUAGCAAAGCUAACAAUUGCCAGGAAGUGAGGUCAGUGGCUCCUCAGGAGCCAUAGAUGAGCGGCAUUUACAGAGCUUAUUUUCAUAAUCAUAAAAAAAGGAAUGGAAAAUUACAGGUUCUUGGGAAACUUGAUUGAAUUCUGAUUGGAUGGCGCACAACGCUUGACUUGAGGUUGAGCGAGGUACAUCCUGGAGCGAUGUGAGACGAGCGAGGCAGUGUGGCCCGUCUGGUUACAGUUUUCCAUUGGCCAGUCUUGAAGUCAUGGGAUUAUUGUGCUAGCUCAGCAGGGGUGUUCUUGCCAGAAGCACAGUUGAGAGCGCUGACUGAGCCCACUGCAGAAGGAGACUCGGACCUCUUUGAAAUGGGGCAGUGUUCAUUCCAGCUCCACUGCUCAACUCUACCACAUGAGGAACUUAGUCUCUGAUUCCAGUGCUUACAUAUCUCUUAAUCUGAAAGCUGUCCAAGUCUUACCUGUUAAAAUAAAUCAGCAGGAUAAUCAAUAUUGACUUAA